AUGCCUUCUUCCAACUCACCCCGUGAUGACGGCGUGCCCGAUUCCGCAAACUCUACCGAAAACCCGUUCGUCAGAUUCAGAAACAACGUCGAUAAUCAUGUCGGGUCAGUGCUCCAGGGCAUCAUCGGCUUACCCACGAUCCUCUCGCGAGCUCCCAACAGCGACAACGGUCGCUGGGCUGGGUUAGAAGGCGACUCACAGCGAACCCAAGACGAUUCGAGAUGGCAGAACCCCCAGAGCAGUGCUGCUGAAAAUACAUCAGAUGGGGAGGUUGAAAUUCCCGUUAAGAAGUUUCAAGGGCGAUCACCAGGAGGCGAUGAUGCAUUUGGGCCAUCACACCACGAUGAGGACGACUACGACAUCUUCUCUGCAUUUGACGACUAUAUCAUUGAACGCAUUAAGCGUUCUACAAGAGGACACCCCUGGCUAGAGCUUCAGCCCGGCGACAAAUUCCGUUGGCGCUACGAAUCAUCCGAUCAUGGAGUACAAGAGGGCAUGCAACAAAGAUUGCAUGCUUGCCUUAUACAGGCGCGGACAACCCGUGGGGGCGUAGAACCAUCGGAAUUUCCGCACAAGUCAGUGGUGCCUUAUUUGCUGUUCUCGUCUUACUCGCCGCUAAAUAUGACGGAUAUGCCGCCACUGCGACCAAAUGAUGACCCUUGGGGUUGGGAUAAGGACCAGUUUACUUAUUGUGACGCCUUCGAGGACCUCUUACGAGAGAGCGCUGGCAAGCCAAUGCGAGAUAUAUCGGGUUCUCCGUUAGAAAGAAUGAUCGACUCAAUCCACAAAAUCAAACCCGACUGGCCAGGCCCACGAUAUGGAUUAUUUCCCGGCGCCGUUACAAGAAUGUCUCUCGCCGAUAUUGGCAUGAUGUGGAUGGGAUCUCUGGUGGAUGAGAACAUUUUGCAAGAGGAUCCCAUGCCUGAGCAAGUCCACUUCAACCCAUGGUUUGGGGAAAUACGUACUAUGACGCCUUCCCCGAUAGCGGUGUUGCUUCGAACUUUCCAGUCACAUAUGCAACAGUACGGACUUUCCCAAUCACAUUUAGAAGAGACGGAACAAGAUAUGUAUGACCGGUUCUUCGCGGCUGGCUCAGAGCCUGCUGGAGAUGGCGAGCGUGUCGGUGGCAUCGUUCACCAGCUUUUAGCCAGGCUAGAAUCAGAAGGACAGGGUAUUAGGGAUGUUUUCGCUGGCACCGAUACCACAAAACGAAGUGAGGUAUCCGAGCAACCCUCCUCAAGCACCACGCACGUUGAAAGCUCGAGAGCCAGUGGUCUCGGAUCACCUGCAGGAGCAACAUCAACGAGUGUGCCUAGUAGCGAACGAGUGGUUUCCUCGUCGACGUCCACAACGCAGCACACCGACCAAGAUGGAACAGUUCGGACAACGAUAGUCGUCGAGAAACGCUUCGAAGACGGACGAAAAUCGGUUUCGGAAACGUCGCAUAUCCAGGCACCGUCGGGGGAGAAACAAGUACGGAGAACGGGAGAUGUAGGGCGGGUUGAUAGCGAACCCGGUAAGGAUAAUGGCAGAGGCGAAGGUGGGAAGAAGGGGGGAUGGUUCUGGAACUGA